CUACACUUCCCGACACGCCUUUCGCCUCAACCCGACUCAACAGUUUGCCUAAUGACAAAUUGAAUUAUCAUAAAGCCUGAAACACAUCGCGUUGUGUUCUUAUCGAGGGCAGCACAAGAAUUUCAUUUUAAUCUCCUUGGUAAGAAAAAUUCAGCCAUGAGGAAUCUUUUGACCAAGGCAGGUGUUUUAGGCUCAGCGUCUGUAGCGCUUGGCUCAAUGCUGUGGUCCCAAAAAAACACAGACUCGGACCGAGUUGCUUCAAGUGGCACGGCUGCUGAUCCCAGUUCUGCCUACGAGCUAAAACUGGUCCAAGUCCUGUUCCGACACGGUGCUCGAACCCCGCUGAAGUCAAUACCUAAUGUGAUGGAGGUCCAGUGGGUGCCAACGCUCUUGGAGCCUCCGGCUCACACCCACAUCAACCACGUAGUGACAGAUCUUCGCGGCGGCCCCAGGCCCUCAGCCCCUGUAGAAGACAGCUAUCGGAGAAACACGCUGACAGGUGGCACGUUCCCUGGUCAGCUGACCACGGUGGGCAUGCAGCAGCUGUACGAGCUGGGCGAGAGGCUGAGGAGGAAGUAUGUUGAGGAGGUUCCCUUCCUCAGCUCCACCUUUAGCCCGGCUGAGGUCUAUGUGCGCUCCACUAACAUUACGAGGACCAUUGAAUCUGCCAGGUGCCUGAUAGCGGGGCUCUUUCAGCAAAAACAAAAAGAAAUUGUUCAUAUAUUCACAACUGAGGCACAAUCUGAAAUCCUGUAUCCAAACUACCACGGAUGCAAGCUGCUCAAAAUCCUUAGCAGCCACCGCUGGGCAGAGUCGUCCACUCUGCCAGACAUUGCGGCAGACCUGCAGAGCAUCCACGACGCACUGGGCAUCGCUGCUCACCAGCACGUCGACUUCAUCCUCAUUAGGGAUGACAUGGUCGCCAGAGAGGCGCACGGCCUGCCCUACCCACCAGUGCUGGACACCUGGAGGGAUAAAGUGGAGCAGAGAGCCGUGGAAAUGAUUCACUACAUCUAUGAACCCAGCAAGAGGGAGAACCUGCAGCUGUGCGUGGGACCGCUAUUGCACACAAUGUUAACCAACUUGGACGAGAAAGUGCAGGGCACCUCGUCUGAGCCAAACAGGAAGCUGUUUUUGUACUCCGCGCACGACACCACUUUGAUUCCCUGUCUCAUGGCUUUGGGGAUUUUUGACAUGAAAUGGCCUCCGUACGCAGCCGACAUCACCCUCGAGCUGCACCAACACCGGCAGACCAACGAGGCCUUUGUCAAAUUGUCAUACGCGGGCCAGGAUCACCUCAUUCCAGGUUGCAGUGGAGUCUACUGCCCCCUGCAGGAGUUUAAAGAGGCCCUCUCAGCAUACUCCCUGACCUCUGAACUCUACCAGUCUGUUUGUAAUAACACAGAGGGUUUAACCAAACCCUGAAUCCUUCAGCAGACCUCCAAGUCCGGACACAGUGCUGCUUGUGAUAUUUAAAACCUGACACCCCUCAUUCCGUGUUUCUUAACGUCCUCAGUUUUCACUCCAUCGUCGCACUGCACUGUCAGACUACACUGGAUUACAGCCUCAUGUCUACGUAUUUGGCAUCAAAUACACCAUAGAGGUAAAUAAAUAAAAUGGUCAUGGCUCAUGUGCAGAAUGAUUCUGCUAUUCAAUGUAUUGUCUUGGUAUCACAUGCUGGGGACAGUUUGGCUCAGUGAAAAAAAUGAUUUUAUUCUCAACUCACGAAAGACUCAAACCAACAAUGUUUGCCCCAUCAAUAAAUCUUUACGAUGUGGUUGUCAAGAAAAUGUGUAAAUUAAUGUGUACAAAAACCCCCCCAUCAAAAUAGAAUAAUUGCCCGUUUUGAUGUCCCCUUUGGGAUGUGAACAAUCCUGUAUUGGACGUCAUUUACCUGUAAUCUUGCCCUCGCGUCACCCUUUGUUGACUGAAACUAACUCUUGAUAUCAUUUUUUCAAAAGAUCAUUCAGACUCCUGUGCCACCUCAGUCAAGAAAAAUUCUGAUGAGGACAAUUGAGACAUGAACUCAGCAGGUGAUCUUGUGUUGAAAUAGUCAAAAACAUACUCAUUCCUACAGGAAUCACUCACGCAGUUUACUCGGCUGAAAUACUGCAAAGAAGUGAAAUGCCAUACAUGUACUGCUCUCGAUGUAGCCCGACAUUUGCAGAUAAAACCUGACGUGAAACACUUGUAAAGCACAACAAAGACAGCAUGAAGCAUUAACUAUGCAGGGACAGAUGCACUGAUGGAAAUGCAGAGCCACAUACUUUUGUUUGCAUUUUGUAAGUUGAAACUUGUUUCUCAUGGCAAAUAUGGAUGUGUGAUUCAUUGAGAUUAAUUUAUCACAAAGCAUGUGAUUAACAUGAUUUUUAAAUUGUUUCACAGCCCUAAUAAAAACAGAUCAAAUGAAAA